AUGUUCAAAAAAGAUCUCUCCGCGGGCGCCAAGUCCAAAGUCAAGUCUUCGGUGCAGCGGGGCAUCCGUGCCAAAGUACUCGAGACAUAUCCCUUACUCGAACCUCAUAUUGAAGAAAUCCUGCCGAAAAAGAGUCAACUAGAUCUUGUCAAGUUACCAGACCGAGUAUCUCUCUACGUCCUAGACGACCGACCUCUCUUCUACCAACACAUGGAUGACCCCAUCAUCCCCCACCUCAAGAUCGUCCACCAAUACCCUCACGCCUUCAAGACGAUAGGAAUCGACCGAGGCGCCAUCCGGUUCGUCCUGUCCGGCGCCACGCUCAUGGUCCCCGGCCUCACUUCCCCCGGUGGACGACUCCCCGAUGCCGAAGAGGAGGCGAAAGCCGGAGACGUCGUCGCCAUAGCCGCAGAGGGAAAAACAGAAAUCUGCCUCAUCGGUCAACUGGACAUGGGCACGGAAGAGAUGAAGAAGGCCAAAAAGGGAGUGGCCAUGGCGGCCGGCCAUUACCUCGGGGAUGGGCUCUGGAAGAUGGACCUGAGUUGA